CAACCCAAACAGUAGUAUUAAUGUUAGCGUUGUCUGUCUAGCAACCUACUGGGUGGUACAGUAGAACUCGGUAAAUCACUUUUCGUGACAUUAGGCAUCGGCUUGCUGAGAAUGCCAACGCUCCGAACAACCUGGGCUGUACUCUGCACUUUAGCCUUUUUGUGCAUUCCUAAUCAUGUGGAUGCGAAUGAUGCAACUAGUUCCUUCGAACAAGUCAAGGCAGCAGCCGUCGGACGCCGGCAGCUCCAAGCUUCCAGCAGCACAUCUGCGUCUCAAUGCGCCUGGGCUGACAACGAAUGCAAAAUUAGUGCUGAUUUCGUCACAAGUAUUAAUGGGACGCCCACAACGGAAAGCCAGAAGUUGUUAGCUCGCAUAAGCGCUAUGGGAAAUGUUUGCGCCAGCUAUACCAAUAGUUCAACCUGCACCGCUCGCCUCACCGACUCCUGCUCCUGGUCAUAUUCAACGUGUUCGCUGAGCAAUGCGUUUAUUCCAACAGAGUGGCUCUACAAUCGGAUAAUCUGUCCCGGCUCGUUGGUGGACAAGGUCGUCACAUGCUUUCGCCUGACUAACCAAAGCGCCUGCACCGCCAACAACAACUGUGCGUGGGCGGCGACAGGACUGCUGUCGAACGUCUCCGGUGGCAUCAAUUUCCUUUCCUUUGUAACGGGACCCAUACAACAGUGGUUUGGAGCUGCCACCUCUGACUGCACACCCACAUGGUUGUCGGACACUAACGUCAUUUCAAACCUUAUUUCCAAGAUCACAGACGCCAUAAGCAAGAUGGGCGCGAAUGUGGACCUGGGUUCUAUGCUGCAAGCCAUCUUCAGCGACUUCAUCGGCACCUGUUCCGGAGUGACGGCGUUUAAGGAUCUGCUCAGUUCUUGCCCGUCCAUGACCACCCAGAGCACUUGCGCGAGUAAACCUGGCUGUGCGUAUUCGUCCGGCGUCUGUAUGAUCGCCGAGGACUUCAUCAUGGCGCUUUUACUUGACCCCAAAGACAGUUGGGUCGUGUCCGUAAACAACGCCGCUGAUCAGUGCCUGGGUCUGAACGCCACCACCUGCGAGAGCUUCGCCAACAUCACCAUUGACACCGCGCGCUACACCGAUUUCGUCCAGCUUCAGCCCAGCUUUUCCACCACCGGCGGAUCUGCGUAUCGUAACAUGCCCGCUGCUGCGGUAUUGUCCCUUGGCCUGGUCCUCAGUCUGCUACAUCAUUUCCUGUUUGGCAGGCUGUUUUAAGCGACACUGCAUUUGCUUGGGACCCCUCCCUGGGGUUUCAUGAUCUUGCUAGAUGGAGGGAAGAUGCGUGGUAACGCAGCAGCCGUUACGAACGUUCCCGCUAUCCUUCAUUGACCUAAAUCGCUUACUUGUAGGGGUACACUCGGUGCACUCGGAUGCACUUGAAAUCCACCAGAAUGGCAUCGAUACAGUUCUAUUUGUGCGCGUCAGCGUGGUUGGAAGAUACCCAGCAGCGUAUUAGCCGGCUGGUGCGAUGCUGGCUGUUGUGUCGUACUAUGUACCAUAUCGCUCCGC